UUCUACAGAUCACUGAUGUCGGUUCUUCUCUAGAUCUAAAUACUGGUCAGAAUGAAUGGGAGGAAUUAUCCCUAGACCAAUGUGAUAUCAAAUGUGUUUUUAUAAAGAACACGGAACAACAGUAUGGAAGCUUGUGUACAAAGUACACGGAACAACAGUAUGGAAGCUUGUGUACAAAGUACACGGAACAACAGUAUGGAAGCUUGUGUACAAAGUACACGGAACAACAGUAUGGAAGCUUAUGUACAAAGUACACGGAACAACAGUAUGGAAGCUUGUGUACAAAGUACACGGAACAACAGUAUGGAAGCUUGUGUACAAAGUACACGGAACAACAGUAUGGAAGCUUGUGUACAAAGUACACGGAACAACAGUAUGGAAGCUUGUUUACAAAGUACACAGAACAACAGUAUGGAAGCUUCUUUUAAAACGACUAGAUCUAGAUCUGCAAGUUAAAGGCAACCUGGCAACAAUGUUGUAACAUCUCAAGUCUGGCAAAUAAAAAAAAACAAAAAAACAAAGACUGACCACAAUGACUGGCUACAACACGAUGGACAGCCACUACAGUAAUCACUUUACAAAUGAAAAUAAUUCAAACCAUGUCCAUUCUGAGACUGCUGAAGGUGCACUGCUUUUUACUGUUGCAUUUGUAGGUGGACUUGGAAAUAUCAUCGCCAUGAUUGCUACUCUGGUGUGUCCCACUUUCAGGCAAAUGUCCUCAGCUUUCCUGUUCCAUCAUUGCCUCUUGGAUGCUGUCAAGUCAGUCUUCUGUAUUCCAUUUGGCUACAGCCUGCUGAUGAACCAGGACAUCCCUCACUGCCAUGUUCUUGGUGCUGGAUACAUUCUCCUAAUGACAGUAUCUGCCUACAACUUACUGGCUCUUCUAGUCAAUGAAGAGUACCAGUGCUCUUUUUCAACAGCAAGGAGCUACCACCAGAGUAGCGAUGGCUGCUGCAUUGCAUUUGGUGUUGUGAUCAUUUGGUUCAGCACAGUGCUACUCCAUCUAGGAGUGGCAUUUCUUCCAGGCACCUCAGAGUACAACAAAGAGGUGGGAAACUGUGUCUAUAAGUAUGGGAUCACCAAAAACUAUGUCAUUCAUGCACUGUGGGUAAUACUUGUGACAGGAGCAGUGUUAAUAGCUGCUGUAAGCUUUAUACACUUUUACAGAAAGCUUCGCUCCAGUGCCAAGUGUCGAAAGUGGACAUUCCUUCAUAAAUCUCUAUCUUCAUUGAGUCCUCACAAUACAAUGCAUACUGAUCAGAGUGAGGAAGUUCACUAUGAGUUUGAUGACCUGGCAUCCCAGAAAGCUCUCCUUCAAUCAAAACGCUACCUGCGCAGAAUCUCCAUCAUGAUGGGAAUGCUUAUAUCCUUUGUGCUGUGCUGGUACCCUUUGUUUUUCCUGACACUGUUAGAUGUUAACUACCAGCAACCACCACACAUCUAUCGCUUGUUGAUGAUUGUAGCAUGGACACACCCAGUAACUACCCCAAUAUUCUGUGCUAUUAUCUACUAUGACACAGCCAAAGGGGAACAAGUCAGUAAAGAUAUCUAUACCAAUGCCUUGCCCAUGAGUACUUCCAGAUCAGGGGUAGCUAUUUGCCAAGAGAUCAAUAACUUGCACAGAGCCAGCGUAGUUAUUGGUUUUCACAAUGACAAUUUCCAGUCCACACCAAAUCACGACCAGUCUAGGAAAGAUAACUACAGUGUACAUCAUGAUGAGUUGGACCUUCCCUGUGACACUAUCAUAAAUUAUAAUUCUGAAGGUGGCUGUCAGACACUCAUUUUGUAAGCAACUCACAAUGUGUAAUACAGCCAAACCAAUGAUAAGUCCAAAGAUGAAACAAAAAAAUUCUCUAACAGUAACUUCUGCUCAUCAAUUGCUAAACAACGUCAGGAUAAUAGGAAGGCCAAACAAUAUUUAUAAAUGGUGACUAUCAAAUGUUUUUGAUAAUUUUAGCAUACAAGAGAAGAUUUAUUGUUUAUCUCUAUCAGCCAAGUAUGUGCAUACAAAUAAAAUUAAUGUUUGUAUCAUUGUUCUAUGGCUAACACUUUGCACAACUUAAGAAGUUCUAUAAUAAAGAGCCAUUGCUCUGAUCUCAUUCUAACUCUCCAAGAGACUAGUGCUAACACUUUGCACAACUAAAGAAGUCUUAUAAUAAAGAGCCAUUGCUCUAAUCUCACUCUAACUCACCAAGAGACUGGUGCUAACACUUUGCACAAAUUAAUAAUUCUGUAAAGCUGACUUUGUUUAGGUUUAGAUAUGUUCGUGCUAAUUUGACGCUGAAUACAUGUUGACUGUAUUCCUAGACUUGAUAUUAAUAAUUAUAUAACAGAAAGUAUUUGUAUCAAUGUAAUCACAAAAAAAUGGAUCUAAUUUUUGUGUCAAUCAAUGAACACCUUUGAAUGAUCUCUCUAGUUCAGCGGUUCUCAACCUUUUAAGCUCGGCGACCCCUUUUUACAAUAUCCCACUCUGCCGCGACCCCCCCCCCAUACACACACAUACAGCAAUAGAAGAAUAGACAAUAAUAAUCCUUAUUUUUGAUGGUCUUAGGCAACCCCUGGCAAAUUGUCAAUCGACCCACAAGGGGGUUGCGACCCACAGGUUGAGAACCCCUGCUCUAGUUGUAAAUGAUCUGAAAACACAAAGUUGCUAUUUAUGUUUAUCUCUUUCACUUUUUAUUUCCAAAGUUGGAACGACUUUCUCAAAUUGUCAUAUAACUUAGCAGAGCAAACAUAAAUCUUUCUUAUCAUAUGUUUAUGUACAAAUCUUUAGAUGUUUCAUUUGGGCAUUGAUAUUCUUAAUUUAAAUAAUACCAAUCAUUAUAAUCAGAGUAUGUAGUCUUUUUAAACUUAACUGUACUAUUAAACUUAUCAUUCUCCUGUUAUGAACAAAAUUAGAUAAACAUUUUCUGAAUACAAUUUUUCUUCUUUAUGAUAUAUUAAUUCAAGUCUCUAAAUAUUAGUCUUCAUUCAUAGAAUGUUCUGACUGCUUGACAGUUCAGAUAUGAGACUACCAGUCCUUCUGCCACUAAAGAUCCUCAUCCUGUACAAUGAAAUCCUUUUACAAGAAUCUCCAAAGAUUAAAAAAAAAUGAUAUCUGUAUGCAAAUCGCCCCAAACAGCCACUUUUAAAUAGUCAAGAGAUUAUGUCUCACCUGCUCAAAACCACCUAAGAGUUCUAUGGUAUCCAUGGAACUGUUCAUGGGAAGAAUUACAAGAGUAUUUCCAGUUAGUUGAGCCAGUAGUUUGACCAGACUAGUUUUACCAGUUGACUGGGAACCAAGCUAAAAAUGAAAUCAAUGUAACCAGAGGACAUUAUACAUUGUUUUUUCAAUGUGUUGAGAUGUAUUAAAUGUAUCACAAAGCUUUUACUAGUUGGAGUUCAGUUGAAACAGGUUAAUGGUUUGUUUCAAAAAGUAUAAAGUAAUAGAACAAACAUGUCAUAUCAAAGUACUUAUAUAAUAAUUACUAACUUAUAGAUAAGAUGUUAAUUUAAUUUGUUAGUUGUUUUUUUAUUGUAUAUAUGCCAUUAUAUAAUUUAAUAAUAGUACAAUACACUAAGAUAAGAGAAACCAAAAAAUUGCUAUACACUAAUGAUAUUAACUGUACUCAACUUACCAGAAUGGCCAACCAUCCCAUCUCUACACAUUUCAUCAGAGAUUCCAUCUUUUCUAAAUGAUGAUGUAGUAUGACCACAGUACCAGUGGAUGCAUUCCAGAAUGGAUUCUCUCUAACCAGGAAGGAAUGUCCAACCUGUAAAGUUGUCUGUCCAAAGUGAAGCUUUCUAGAAGAUGUGUACAGUGGAUAUCUGGAGCCCAUAGUUGAUAUGUAUCUCUCUUCCAUCUACAAAUACACAAGAAACAUUCAGUGUUGAAAGAAUCUAUUUUGUGUCUGAGUCAGAACUACUUAGAGAUGAAAGCUGUGUUUGAGAUCAAUUGUUUCUUUGUAUUCUGAAUAUUUAAGUAUUUAGUAAUAACAACAAUAAAAGCUUAAAAUGUUUUCCAGAGCAAGGUCACCCUGGUCAAAUGUUCAAAGAAUUAAGUUUUGUGAAAGUGACAACACUAUAUCAUGUUCAAUAAAUU